AUGGCUGCCGUAGUUCGCCUGCACGAGCAGGUGAUCACGUCGCUCCGAUCCACCAUUUUAAAGGAACCGCGCGCCGUAUUUAAUUCGCCGAGCGAGUCGUCCUCACCCGUGAUUCUCGGCUGGUUAGUUGGCCCGUCAGCGUCUUACUUCUCAUCUCGCGACCCGCGCCCUUCCUGCUCCGUUCUCUCUUGCAUCCUCGUAGACCCGCGAUUCAGGGACGUCGCAGUCCAGCAGCGCGGAGACAAAGGCGACGUCGCCAAGUCCGAGGCGCGAGCUCUUUUGCCGCUGCUUCCUGGAGGACUCACAGUUGUCGGAGUUGCGGUGAGAGGGGAGUUUACCCUGGAAAAUCAGGCGCUUAUACGGGAGCCGAUUGCCGAAUUUCGGCGAAUCUUCCAUGACGUGGCAUUGGCGCGCCGGCCGUUCAUUGUGACGUGGACGAAUGACUCUAUCGGUACUGGUAGAAUCCCUUCGAGAAUAUCCCUAGUGGCGGGAAUUGAGUUGAGAAGAGGUGACGUGGCAGCUGCUGAUUGGUGGGGACAGGAUAUCACAGAAAGCACGUGGAAAGAUGAGGAACGGGAACGGAUAGGGUUGGAGAGUGAGGGAGAUGAGGAGGACGGCAGAAAGGAGGGAAGGAGAGACGACAAGCAAAGAGAAGAGAGUGAAGCUGAUGUGGCAUGGGAGCUUAAAUCGGAGGAGGAGGGUGAGAAUGCUGACGUGGAGGUAGAGGUGGUGGAGGGUCAAGGGGGUAAGGGAGAUGGUGCUGCUAGUGCGGCUAGUGGUGCUAGUGGUGCGAGUGGUGCUACUGGUGGGGAGGGUAAUCGGCUGGAGGAGGAGUUUUGGGCGGCGCACUGCCCGCUGGUGUGUGACGUGGCAGCCACCCUGCCACUGUUCACCCACGACAAGCAGAGUGAUCGACUCAACAGUCCUUUGCCCUCAUCCUUUGAACCCACUGUUCCGCCUCUCUUCCACUCCUGCGUCUCCUCCCGUCCCUCCUCCCUCUUCCUCAUGCUCUCCCUGCCGCUUCGUCACCCACUCCACCUUGCCUCACACGCCACUUCAUUCCAAUACCCCCGAUUCCUCCCCCUUGUCCUCCCCUUCCCCCCACCUCCACUUCUUCCUGCUCUCCCUUACCCCCUGCCCAACCUCCCCCCCUCCCCUCCUCCCCCCCCUCCCCCCCUCCCCUUUCUCUCCCCCCAUCCCCUCCACAUACACACCUCGCCAGCCUUAUCAUCGUCAAUAUCCGCAUCUCUCUCUGCCAUCCAAGCUGACGUCAUCAGCCCUCACGCCCUGUGGUUGCUGCACCCACCGCAACCGCCCUCCGCUGCCACGUCAGCAGCUGCCAGCUCAGCGUCAGGUGCCAGCGCCGCUGCAGGAGCGGUGCGGCCGAUCCUGAUUGGCUCUCUGCCAAACGGAAGAGCCUCAGGAGCCAUUGGCAGCGUGACACGUGGCAGGGAGGGUGGGGGGACCGCAGAGGGAAUGCUGGCGUCAACCAUACGUGUCUCUCUGCUGCUCAACCAAUCACCACCCGCCACGUCAGCAUCUGCAGGGCAGAACGGUGCAUCUGUUGGCCUCAGCUACACCCCGGCCGCCCCCAGCAUCCACCUGCACCAGAUAAGCCUGUCCCUGAGCACCCUCGUCUUCGCCCCUCAGCAGCUGUCUCUCCGGGCGGCGGUGCGUCGUCUCGUUGUGCCGGGGCUGCUGCGGCAAGUCAAGGCAAUCGAGUGGAUGGUGGGGGACAGGGGUGACGGGAGACAGGAGGGUGAGGGGGGGAGGAGAGGCGAGGAGGAGGGUAAGCCUGGGAAGGGGGCAGGAGCAACAAGUACGGAUUGGAUAGGAGCAGCAGGGGAAGCAGCAGGGGGAGCAGCAAAGGAAGCAGCUUCAGCCGUUUCGUUCCAGCUAGGACUGAAAUUCGGGGCAUACCACUUCCUGCUGCCGUCCUGCCCACACCCACUCACUGUCAUCUACCCUCUCACGUACGGAGAGGGGCAGCAGAGCUUGGUGGACAUGCGCAUGACACUGCACCACCGCCUGGGCCUCCCCCUGGACCGCCCCAUGCUGCGCAUUGCCUCGUCCCUCUCCCUUUCUGCUCCCCCUGCCGCACCAGACGCUAACCAAGCAUCCUCCAAAGGUCUGCGAUUAUGGGAUGUACACGUGGGCCUUCCUCGUCUGCCUCAUUCUGCAGGGUGCAGGCAGUACCUGGUGCAGGGCUCAUAUGAGUAUUACCACUACAUGCAAGACAGGAUCGACGACAGCGGCUGGGGCUGUGCCUAUCGCUCACUGCAGACCAUCGUGUCAUGGUUCCGCAUUCAGCAAUACACCUCACAACCCGUGCCAACCCACAGGCGCAUUCAGCAGGCGCUGGUGGAAAUAGGCGACAAGGAGGCGGCGUUUGUGGGGUCGAGCCAGUGGAUCGGCGCCAUCGAGCUCAGCUUCAUUCUGGACCACCUGCUGGGGGUCACAUGCAAGGUGCUCACAGUCUCAUCCGGAGCAGACAUGCCUUCUAAGGGCCGACAACUAGCCCACCAUUUUUCCACGCAAGGCACCCCGGUAAUGAUAGGAGGCGGGGUUCUAUCGUACACUUUAUUAGGUGUAGACUAUGACGAGGCGACGGGGGAAUGCGCGUUUCUGAUUCUCGACCCGCAUUAUACCGGUGGGGAGGAUUUAAAGGCGAUAAGGAGUGGCGGGUGGGUUGCUUGGCGGAAGGCCAAGACUGACGGCGGGGCGGACUUUUUCGUCCGCGAUGCGUUUUACAACCUGCUGCUGCCGCAACGGCCGGCUACUGUGUGA